ACCUGCGGUGCCCGGGGCGCGUGCAGGGAACUCCUCUUGGCGCCAGGGGGCGUCGAAGCCCUCUUGGCCCUCGGGACAAACAGGGCUGCCCUGCCCCUCCACUCUAAGAGGGAAAGGGAGUCAGGUGGGGGGCGGGGUAGGGCGGGGUGGGGAGUUUGGUCCCUCUUGCCGGCUCCGGUCCCCGCGGCGCAGGCGCAGUGUCCGACUCCUCCGCCGGCUUCCCCCAGCGCAGUGCGCCGAGCUGGGCCAGAAGCGGCGCGGCGUCUGCCGAGGAUAGCUGUGGCUCUUGCUUCCUUCCUUGCGCCCCGGCUGCUCGUGGCUGGUGGUGGAGGGGGGAGUCUCUCUGCGGGGGGUUUCGGUCAGGGCAGAAGAAAGCAAUUCUGGACUGGAUUUAAUAAAAGAAACCUAUUAUCUGAAGGGUCAUGGGAAUAGUCUGAUGGAACUCCAGGUGUUAUAUAAUGAGGCUUUUACUAUGGCUAAUGACCCCUUGGAAGGUUUCCAUGAAGUAAACCUAGCCUCCCCUACCUCACCAGAUCUUCUUAGCGUAUAUGAGCCAGGAACUCAGGAGCAAACUACCUCACCAAGUGUCAUCUACCGGCCAUAUCCUCUGUGUGCAACACCUGUUCAGCCUAACACUUUAGAUGUUUCUGACCUUCCUACACAACCAGUUUAUUCAUCUCCGAGACAUUUAAAUUGUGGUGAAAUAGCAGGUAUCAGCAUUCAUAUUGCUGAUUCAGUACCAACUUCCACCGCUGGAGCCACAGCUGGUUCAACUAAACUGCCAUCCAGAAAGGAUAGCAACAGUGCUGAGAGAGAAUUUUUACAGGAUGCCACAAUCACAGAGAUUUCAGAUGGCAAUGAUGACUUUUUUGGAUUGAGUACUGACAGUCUGUCUCGAUUACGGAGCCCAUCUGUUCUAGAAGUGAGGGAAAAGGGUUAUGAAAGAUUAAAAGAAGAACUUGCAAAAGCUCAGAGGGAACUGAAACUAAAAGAUGAAGAAUGUGAGAGGCUUUCGAAAGUUCGAGAUCAACUGGGACAAGAAUUGGAAGAACUUACAGCUAGUCUGUUUGAGGAAGCUCAUAAAAUGGUGAGAGAAGCUAAUGUUAAGCAGGCAACAGCUGAAAAACAAUUAAAAGAAGCACAGGGAAAGAUCGAUGUACUUCAAGCUGAAGUCGCUGCCUUAAAGACACUUGUGUUGUCCACUUCACCAACAUCCCCAAUCCAAGAGCUUCCGCCCAGUGGAAAGGCUCCUUUUAAAAAAGGACAUGCAAGAAAUAAAAGUACAAGCAGUGCUAUGAGUAGCAGUCAUCAGGACCUCAGUGUGAUGCAGCCUAUUGUAAAAGACUGCAAAGAGGCUGACUUAUCUCUAUAUAAUGAAUUCAGAUCUUGGAAGGAUGAUCCCACAAUGGACAGAACGUGUCCCUUCUUAGACAAAAUUUAUCAGGAAGAUAUAUUUCCAUGUUUAACCUUUUCCAAAAGCGAGUUGGCUUCAGCUGUUCUGGAGGCCGUGGAAAACAAUACUCUAAGCAUUGAACCAGUGGGACUGCAACCUAUUCGAUUUGUAAAAGCUUCUGCAGUUGAAUGUGGAGGACCAAAGAAGUGCGCACUCAGUGGGCAGAGCAAGCCGUGCAAGCACAGAAUUAAACUAGGAGACUCGAGCAGCUACUACUACAUCUCUCCUUUCUGCAGAUACAGGAUCACGUCCGUGUGUAACUUUUUUACGUACAUUCGCUACAUCCAGCAAGGCCUCGUGAAGCAGCAGGACGUUGAUCAGAUGUUUUGGGAAGUUAUGCAGUUGAGAAAAGAGAUGUCAUUGGCAAAACUGGGAUAUUUCAAGGAGGAACUUUAAUUCUCCACACUGAAUAUGCAUGAACUUCACUGAAUAACUAAAAUGGCUGAAUUUUUGUAUGGUCACUUGAUAUUUAUUUCCAAGGAGUGGGUCCAAGAUCUUUUAUCCUAUUUUGCAAAACACCCUAAGGAGUACUGUGAUUUGUUUCAAACUGACACACCCUUUGCUGUGUACGCUUACGUAAAACUUUAGUUGAACAAACUAAGAUACAAAGACUUGCAGGUGUAUUUGUGAUUGUAAUUUAUAGUUGCAAAAAAAAUCUAAUUAAUAAAUGUUAGAUUGAA